AAAUAAUGAAUUGACAUUUAUCGCGAUAUAUAUCGAUAUUGAACGAUAUGAAUUUUGUUUAUUGUGAUAACAUUUUUGGCCAUAUCGCCCAGCUCUAGUCUGAAGAAGCAAACAGAAAGCUUACUGAAGCUGGCUACAUAGGAACAUCAAGCUAUCAAGCUCAAACUCAUUUAAUUUCAUCAAAUCAUUUCACACAAUGAAUUUAGUGGAAUAAAACAUUCAGAAAGAGAGGAAUUAUCAUUACCUGUCAACUAACAUCCCCUGUCUUUUCCUCUCUCUCUGUCUCUCUCUUUUUCCACUUCUAGAUGUUUUCUUUCCAUCGAGAUGAUGUCUUCAGCUUCUUCUGUCGCACUCCAUACUCCCUGCGACCUCCCGUUGGGAAUAGACGACUAAACUAAACGUCUUAUACCUUCUGCAGCCAACUCAGCAGUCCAGCUCAGACUCUGCCCCAUUUUGGCCCACUUCUGGAGAUGAUGGACAGCCCUCCAAAGCUGACGGGAGAGACCCUGAUCGUACACCACAUACCCCUGGUCCACUGUCAGGUGUCAGGAUCGCAGCGGUGCUGCGGGAGUCCGCUGAGGAGAGGCAGCAACCCGUUCAGCUGCCCAGAGAACCUUGGCCUCAGCCGCACCACCUCGCUGCCCGAGAGAGACGUCCUCCAGCGGGAGGCGCUGGUCUACAGCAGUCUGAUCCAGACCUCCAGCUCCAGGGACGCCUUUGAGGACGAAGAGCUAAGAGGAGGAGAUAAAAAAGGGGGAGGAGAUGGAGGUGGAGGGAGAGACGGAAGCAUGGCUAGUGACACUUCUUCUUUCACGUCCAGCAAUUCCGAAGAUCCACCUUCUCAGGUCUUGCCAACAAAGUCGAUCCGACGCAAUCCCUUCCUUCUGGAUGCAGGUGAGGAUGAAGAUUACGAAGAAGAUGAGGACGAUGAUGGCCACAACCUGAAUGGAUACUUAGAGGAUUCUUCGUUCCACUUGCAUGGGAACUCAAACGGGACCUUGGAAAACAGCACAGACUUGACCCCUUUCCAUCUGCACGAGCUUGGCUGUGUCUCCAGGCCAUUCCACUUGCAUGAGUCUUUAGAGAAACCCUGGUGUUCAAACAGCCAAAGGGGGGCACCAGGGAGUAGAGGAGCUUUCGAUUUUUCUGCCCGCCUAGAGGGCCUGGACCUGCUGGGGUUGGAUGGCCAGCGUCGUCAUGGCAGCAGUGGUUCCACACUUUCCAUGGACUGCGGAGACCAGGAGUGGGGUGAGGAUGAUGAUGACGAUGAUCAGUCGAUGCAAGGAGGUCGAGGAAGCUCAGAGUGUUCCAGUUCAACGGCGCAGCGCUGCUCCUGCUGUGGCCUGUCCCAGCCAUAUCCUGAACCAUUUUCCGAACCGUUUUCUGACUGCCCGCUGGGCUAUGCCAGUGAUUCUUCCUGCAACAGCUCGGAUGGUGUUCUUGUCAACUUCAGCACCAUCUACAAUAAGUUGAACAAUGGAGUCCCCGCCAAGCAGACAGUCAAUCUCAACAACUCGGGAGAACAGUCUUGCACCUCAUCUGUGUCUGAGCCUGGUCCAGGAAUGGGCGGAACCGAGUUUAGUAGUGGGGGUGGGGCUUUUUACCUAGACUUACACAGGUCUCCAACAGAACCUCCCCAACCCUCACUAGCCACCCAGGAAACUGCAGACCCUACCUGUUCCUCUUCUUGCCAAUGCCCCUCCCAGCCCCAAAGUGGCACCAUGGAGCUUGAUGCUAACUGCAACUCCUACCACAACCACCUGGGGAGCGAAGGACUGCUAUUCUCUGAAACCUCGGCCAACGAUCUCGCUUCCUGUCUGCAGAGCCAAGCACGGCUCGUUGUAGCCACUCAGAACUACUACAAGCUGGUGACCUGCGACAUCUCAUCGCAGUCGUCCCCGAGUCCUGCGGGGUCCUCGGUCACCAGCUGCUCCGAUGAACACAGCAAAGGGAGUCCCACUCAGCCCACCGAGUACUUCCUCUUCAGACGCACAAAAGACGAAGAGGAAGAGGAGGAGGAGCGAGCAGAAGACAAAGAUCUCACACAGCAGAGUAACGAGGAGGCGGAGCCUGCCGUGGCUGAGAUCGGCCCCGCUCAGCCCAACGUGAUCGAGGGACAGGUGUAUGUCAACAUCUCCCCACCUAUGGGCGGAGCUUCGGCCGGGGCUCGCCUGCGCUCCCGCAGCUACGACCGCAACUUGAACAAGUCUCCGCCUCCUCGGCUGGGUUCGCUGGAGCGGAUGCUAAGCUGCCCGGUCCGGCUGAGCGAGGGCACCGCCCCCAGCCCACCCCCUCCACCCCGCGUCACCUCCUUCGCCGAAAUCGCGAGGAACAAGAGGCGAGGGGGCGGGGGGUCGCCUUCUCAAAAGACCGCCGCAGCUGAGGCCUCGUCCUCCAGCCACUCGCACUCGUCUUCUGGUGAGUUCUCGCCCAUCCUGGAGGACCUGCCCGAGGCUCAGAGCCACAGCCUACCCCCCCUCACACGAUGCUACAGCCAGGGCAGCUGCGACACCACCUCCCCCCACAGACACUGGAGCGGACCACUCAGAGACUCGCCGGGGGGAGCGGGGAGGGAGGCGCGAACCAAAGCAGAAGGUGGUCUGUCCAGUUCUACAGACUCCUCCCCAGGUGUAGUCCGCUACAGCAAGGACCAGCGUCCGACUACGUUACCUAUACAGCCCUUCACCUUCCAGCACCAGUUCGGGAAGCCCCAGGCUAAGCCUCUGCUCCCCCUGCUGGACGAGUACAUCAACCACAUGCAGUCUCGUGGGGCUUCCGCCCCGGAGGGCGGCGAGGAAGACCUUGAGGAAGAUCGUGGGAGACCCCACAACGCAUCUGCCGCGGUCAGGCCAUCUCCGCUGGGCAGCUAUUCUCCUGUCCGCCUGCAGGGAGCGCCCAGCUGCUCUGGAAGCUGCUCCACGUGCUCCCCGACACCGGAGCGGUGUCCACGGCCGCCGCGUUCCCUCUCCUGCCCGACGUCUGCCACCCUGAUGGCCCACCACACCCCACCGGGGGCUCCCAAACUCACCCCGCUACCACCAACCCCGCCUCCUGUACCGCUGGUGAAGCAAAGCCCGCUGAUAAGCCCUCUGACCACCAGGGGGCACUGUUUUCACCGCCCCGGUCUGACUACAUUACCCACGCUGCCCAGCUCAGGCCUCAGUCCAAUGGGGCAGCUGGAGCCGGCGCUGCAGGAGGAGGAGGUGAAAGUGCUUCCUGCCUGUUUAGCACAGAGACAGCAUAACGCGCACCACCUCUCUCCGCAGGCUCUGAAAUGGAGAGAGUACAGGCGUAAGAACCCUCUGGGUGUGGAGAGGUGUAGAGACUCCUCCUCUUCUUCUCCUUCUUCCUCCUCUAACGCUCUGACCAUCAGGAGGCCCGGCCCGCGCGUCCUGCGCCGCAACGUCUUCGAUUUCCCCCCGUCCAAUCACUCGCUCAGCUUCGGCAGAUUCAACGGUCAGUCAGUGAGGCAGCUGCAGCAGUACUACAGCGACUUCCUGCCCGAUUAUUUCUCUCAAACCGAGCGGCCGCCCGAGGAGUUCUGCCUGUCUCCUGACGCCACCACUGAAGAGUCCAUCUCCAUCGACCUGCAGCAGAAGAGAGGACUGGUGAAGGCCAUAAACACAGCAGUGGACCUGAUUGUGGCUCAUUUCGGCACCAGUCGGGAUCCAGGAGUGAAGGCUAAGCUGGGGAACAGUUCAGUGAGCCCUAACGUGGGUCACCUGAUCCUGAAGUAUCUCUGUCCGGCCGUGCGGGACGUCCUGCAGGACGGCCUCAGAGCGUACGUUCUGGACAUCAUCAUCGGCCAGCGCCGCAACCAGCCCUGGAGUGUGGUGGAGGCGUCCACACAGCUGGGUCCCUCUACGCGUGUGUUGCACAAUCUCUUCACUAAAGUCAGUCAGUACUCUGAACUGACCAAUCACAGCAUGAGGCUCAACGCUUUCAUCUUCGGCCUGUUAAACUUGCGAUCUCUGGAAUUCUGGUUUAACCACAUGUACACGCAUGAAGGUAGGAUAUAUUAUAGCUGCCACUAUCACCCAUGGGGUUUCCUGCCCCUGUCUCAAGGGGCGUGUCAGCCAAUGUUUGAGGAGCUGCUGCUCCUCCUUCAGCCGCUGUCGCUGCUGCCCUUCGAUCUUGACCUCCUGUUUGAGCCACACCAGCUUCAGAAAGGUCAGGAGCACCUGAGACGCAAGGAGCAGCUGUGCUCCGCCCGCCACGGCCUCGACCAAUCAGCUCGCUCUACCUUCCAGCUCAUGAGGGGCUGUGGAACAUUGGGGGCGGAGCUCGCACACACAGGGGUGGAGGCUAAACCAGAGGGGGUGGAGCUUCAGAGAGACAGGUUCGUGCUGAGGAGAGAGGGGACGUGGCCUAGGAUGGAGGGGGCGGGGUCUAACAGACAAGUGCAGAGGAGUGAAGGAGCAGGUAGCGAAUCGUUGGAAGAGGGGGUGGGGCUAAUGCUGAACACAGGUAGAAGGAGUGAGGGAAGUCGAAUGGAAGGAGGAGAGAGGAGUGCAGACAGGAUGAAAGGAGUAGGAGGGGAGGAUGGAGAGAAGGAGAGGAGGCGGGAGAGAGACGGGGAUUCGGCCAGGCUGAAGAGUAAACAGGCCGGCUGGUGGUUCCAGCUGAUGCAGAGCUCACAGGUGUACAUCGACAACUCGGCCGAGGGCUCCAAGUUCGUCAAGUGGGACAAGAGGAAGAAGGGAGGGGCGGAGGGGCGGAGACAGAGCCACCCGCCCCCCAGAGAAGGUGUGGUCGAGGGAGCCGAGGCCAGUCAUGAGGUGGAUGAACGGCUGGACCUGCAACGGACCAGAUCAAGCAGCGGCGCAGGGCGUAGCGUCAGAAACGGAGCCUUCGACCAAUCAGGAAACCGCAACCCAACAACAGAGCGUGCUGAAAGGGAAAGCCGUCGUGGAUGGGAGCACCUCCAGAGCACAAGUGCCACUGACCGAGUGAAGAGGAGUACAGAGAGAGGACAGAAACCGAGACGAUCCGGACCACCCCGGAGGAGCGCAGGGUCGCGGGUGGGGAAACGGGCUGAGCCUCACAGUGCCACCGCCCACAGUCCUGAUACCCAAAAUACAUCAAAUGCAACACAGCAAGACCAAACACAGGAGACGCCCGUUCACACUGACACUAAACGUGAGGUGAGGGCACUGUGCCACCACAUCGCCACGGAAAAAGGCCACCUGAGCUUCCAUAAGGGUGAUGUGCUGCAGGUGCUGGGCAGGGCCGAUUCUGAUUGGCUGCUUUGCACUUUGGGCGACGCCCAGGGCCUCGUGCCCAUAAUCUACGUCACCCUGAAUAGCGAGGAGUGCCGGGGGUCUCGGGGCCCACAGUGAACACUAAGCCUGUGAUCAGGCACGGCUCACACGGACCCCAUAUAAACACAUGCACACAUACAUACACAUUCAGAGUGGGAGAAGAAGGGAAUACUACUGCUGAGUAUUAUUUAUUGGGGGGGAAUCUAUAUUUGUCCAGUUCUAACUGUUUAUCUACGUGCCUGACUUUGUGUCCAGUCUAGAGGAGUAAAUCUCAGCUCUUUUAAAGGGACAGUUCAAACAAACAGAGCGAAUGGCUAACAUGGUACCUACUAUUAGGCAGCGUUCACGAGGACGUUUUGGUAUCCAUCAAAAAGACCUAUUGGUUAGUUUUAGAGUGCAGUUAGCAGGGAUUAGCCUCUACUCCAUCCUGCUCAGCAUCAGUGUGACUAACUUAGCCCCGCCCCAGACCGUCUCCUAUUGGCUUUAUGAUUUUUUUCCCCAACAAAGUUUUCGCAAACAAAAAAUGGCAAAUCUUUGGUAAUGAAUUGAAGUUAAGAACUGGAGCAGCGAGGCUAAUGUAGCUAACAAAUAGUAGAACUCAAUAGUCACCCAAAGAGUCUAAAUCAUUCAUGUACAAAUACAUCACCAAAACCUCUCUCAAAGGUUUGCUUAAACUGCAUCCAUGUCUUCGAUAAGGUGGUGCAUUUUUGCAGAUGUGGUUUUGGACACUAUGACUUAACCUUUGACUGUAAGAAUGAAUAAAACCGCAGGCGGCCACUUUAGACAAGAUUUGUAUUUACAAACCCCCUCAGGAGUCGGAGUGCUGAUCUCGAAUCCGUAUUUCUGGCCAUAUCUGCCAUAAAUAUGAAUCCAAGAUCGGUUCUGCUUUGAUAUCAGGAAUAUCAGCCGUGGUUGUGUCUGAAAUGGCCGAUGCUUUGUUUACGUUUAUAGCUAUAGUCCUAAACCACAGGUACAAGUCUGCGCCACCUCAAUGAAGACUUGGAUGCGGUUUGAAAAGUUCCAUUGAUGUUUUUUUACAGAAAUGAAUUGGGCUAUUUGGGUGACUAUUGAGUUCUAGUGUUUGUUAGCAAUGUUAGCCUCAUAGCUCUAGUUCUAGACCAAAGAAGCAAAAUUUGGACCUGCUUGUCUGAUGGACUACACCUGGGGUACGUCGGGUAAAUUACCUGGGCAACAUUGGGUAAAUUAGAUUUAUCAAAUAUGAAAAGGUAGCACAAGCCAUGUCUUGGCUUGCAAACAAUGCAAACAAAGCAGAAACACACCUUUUUAGCCAUAUUUUCAAAGCAAAACAUUACCACUGUUUCAUGAUGUCCCACAGUCAGCCACACAGUAUAGAUUUUGGGCCAUUUGGUGUACAGUAAACGUAUAAGAUUGCUGUGAUUGCACAGUUUACAGUGGACUUAGCUCGCUGUUCUCACCGAAAUCAAUGGAGUUUUCGAUGGAUACUAAAAUUUCUUGGUGAAUCUGGCUUAAGACAAACUUUGUGACAGAAACAUACAAACAAAAACUCAGACUGAACAAUUUCCGGCAGUAGGAGAUCAUGCUACGACUAGCUUUCAGUCAUGGUUAGCCAUGUUAGCAUCGUCAGCCUUUCAAAGCAGUGUAGAUGUUCCAUCACUACUUCUGCAUGGUUCACUCUGCAUUUUUUGCUAAGAAGGAACCAUGUAGGUUGCAAUACGGUAACACUUUACAUGGACUCGGCUACAAAACACUGACAUAAACAUGUUAUGGCAGAUGUUAUAUGCUGUCAUGAAUUAUCUUACUAUUAAUAAUAAUUUUCAUGACUGUUAUGAUUGAUGUCAGGAUAGCUUCUGUCACAUGCUAAUUUCUGCUAGCUCUAGUUAGCCGCCAUUACAUGGUAUCUGUCAUGUUAAUUACCAGUAAUGGUAAUACGACAAUGUUGUAUUACUGAACAAAAGCAUAUGACAUCUGCCACGACAUGUUUAUGGCAUGUUUAUGUAGUGUUAUGUAGCCGGGUUCAAGUAAAGUGCGCUUCUUUGUUAAAUGAAGGGUUCCUUUAUUUUAGUGCCGUGACUUUAUAUUAGCGAGUUGAAACUUAGCAAGUGGAGAUUAGACAUUAGCGUGACUUGGGAAUUAGCUUACCUGCUUUUCUGAAUUUGCAAACGGUCAUAAAAGAAGCAACAUUAAAGCACUGUAUAGACUCCUUUAAGCCAAAUGUAGUUUUGAAAUCGACACCGAUGCCCUCUGAAAGCUCUGCGGGGCUCGUUUUGUAUAAAAUGUAUGAUUAUAUGUAAAUACAAGUGUCCCAUCUGUUGUAACCCAAGGUACAUGUGUCUUAGCCAUUGUCUAUAAACCAUACAGAAGCAUUGCAAGGUGGAGAUCACAGCUAGUCGAAGUAGCCUAGCAACCAACUGGGAAAACAGCACUGCAGUAGCGCUCUUAGCCAGCGCGUCUGGGACUUUCCCUUCUAUCCAGAACCCGAAUGGACUUUUGAUGUAGCUGCCAAGCUCAUGCCUUAGCAACUAUGUCAUACUAUCAAAUAGAGAUGGACACUAAUACACAAACACUGGUCAACUUCUCUGGGCCUUAUGAGUGCACGUCCUGAGGCGCUAAUCUACAUAGCAAGUCGUAUCUGCUUUGACAGACCAACGGACGCACCAAUGAACUCCCUGCUUUUUCACGUCCGGCUGUGCUGACCGGAGAUGUGACGGAGAGCGGGGCUGGCUUUCCUGCAUGUGACGGACUACGCCGCCGCGCGUUCACGCUACUGAACAGACGUUAAGCUGAACUGCGUCUCGCAUCCACCACCGUGCUUCUCCUCAUCCUCACCUGUUGUACCUUGUACACGCAUUCACCUCCUCUACCGGGACGUCCUCCUAGUGGAGAAGGGAGAGGAGGCUGCUAGCAUUAGCACUAGCGUUAGCAUUAGCAGCUAUGUGGAGCUACGCACUGUUGGUUGGUUUGUUAUUUUUGCUUAUUUAUUAUUUAUAAUGCAUUUAGAGAUUAGUUACGGCCUGUCGGAUUAACGUGAGUGACCCUGUAUGAGGGCGAACUGUUGGGUAGGGUUGCUUAUAGCAGCCGAAUAGAGUGAUUUUCUGUUUAUUUGCCUUCAAAGUGCAGCAUGUGGAGUUAUUUAUUGUACAGUACAGAGUAAAAGUCACCCUUUAUUUAAUUUCCCACCAAAACAGCUACGUAAUACAAUUUUUUUAGCAUCCUGGAAAAACUUAUUAGGUAAUAAUUCACCUUUAUUACAGCUUCCAUUCUUUUCCAUGCUUUCAGUUUGGGUCUGCAAUGGUCUGCAAGGCCAUUUUCCGUCCAAAGUUCAGUCUUAGAAAUUGGUUGCACUUUCUACUAAAGCAAGAGUGGAGCUUGAGAAACUUUAAAACUCCUGUUUUUGUUCAUUUUCCAUUGACUUUUCCCUUCUUUAUGCAUUCUUAUAUCUAAUCUCUUCAGAGAUAUUGGCUAAAAAAAUCAUAACUGGCUGGAAAUUAAAUAAAUGGGGUGGAUUUGUGACUUUUACAGUGCUGUAUAUUCUGCACUCACUGGAUUAGCUGAAGUCCACUAUGAUGCCAAUUACACAUGGAUAAGUGUGGUUCUGUGUGAACAGGCCUGUAGAAGACGGGUUUAUCUGCUAAACGAUACAAAAUGUCCAAAUUGGUCUCAAAUGGUCUGAAGUGCCAUAAAACGACACCACACUGGUAGCAUACUGGGCAUUUCUGAAACACUGUUCAUUUAGCCUGAUAUUUAAGUGGUAUUUAAGGCCUUAGAGCAGGAAUGUAUUCUACUGUACUGAACAUGGAUUCUAUAUAUAAUAACGUUAAAGGCCGGCGUUCUUUUGUUUAGCCUCUUUACCUGUUGCGGCUGAAAAUGAACAUCAUUUCUACAUUAUUUGCGAAAUUCUAUCUGGAUUUGUUUUUCAGAUUACUACCACAGCAUCCGUUGACAAUGUCACGUUAUUACGUUGUUUUUCUGUUGGAACGUUUUUAUUAUCACGUAUUAUUUUCUAAUACAGAAAAAAAAAGCAUUUAUUUUACAAUUUUCUUUUGUUCAUCGUUGUAAAUAUGUGGGUCCUUGGAAGACUAUGUUAAUGUUCUCAAUGAUAUUGUUAUUAACAGACAUUAUUGUUGAUGUUAUGAACAGUUAAUAACAAGCCUAUUUAACUAGUAUGUACAGAGCACUGGUAUGGAAGGUUCUAAGGUGUGUAACGGAGGAACAUAUUCUGUGUUCUAGAUUUAGUUCUCGCUCUGCAUCCGUUUGUCUUCCAAACGCGCUUCGCUUUCACUGCUGACCACAACUUAAACAGAGAGAGAGAGAGGGAGAGUGAGAGAGAUUAAGGAUUAGUGCCUUUAUUGUAUCGCUGCGCCCCCUAGUGGAGACUGCAGAGUAUUAAUGUGCUGUUGGAAGCUGGAGUACAGCGAAAAUGUGGACUGGCCUCCAUGACGGGAUUGUGGACCCUUAGAAAUCUAGAGUUAGCAUCGGUUUGCUCUGCGUUUGAUUUAUAUGCGGCUAUUUUUCAAUUACAUAAUUAAUUAUGUGGCCAGUUACGUCACUUAUUGAGUAAGUUUGAUUUAUAUUCUGUACGGACAAAGUCCAAAAAAAAUGAGAAAAUGGCAAAAAGUAGCAUUUUUUUUUCUUUCUCUCAAACACGACUAUAGAAACAACUUUCAGUUUUCAUUAAAUUCAACUGCCAAUAACUGGUCAACUCACUGGAUGAACAAAAACUGCCCAGUCUAUUGGCUAAUUAAACGAAAACAAAGCUGACAGGGUUGAGGUCAGUGAGGUACAGCUGUUCUCUCUCUGUUUGAGUCAUCUCUGUUGGCUCUGUUCCUCACCUGUGGCUAACUCAGCUAGCUGGACACCUCUGAAGCGAGUUUGACCUGCCUGACUAAAACAACGCUUAACUGAAGUCUCGUGGGGCCAGAUGAGAAAACAUCUGGGGACAACCAUGAGACGUUUUGGGCUAAAUGUGGGGGAAUGUAGACGUAUGAGGGUCUAUUUCUAAAUCAAUCCACCGCCUCGUGAAGAUGGACGUUAAAGAGCAUGGACCAGAGGAGUCUGGGGGCAGGGAUUAGCAGAGGUGGGCCCUUGUUAGCAGCAUAGUCCAGCACCAGGUUGUCCUCAGAGGUGUAGUCUUGUUAUGAGGUCACAUCUGGCUCCACGAGACUGAACUGAACGUAAAUAAAGACAGAUUAAGAUUAAGAUUAAGAAUGCUAAACUGAAGAUUAGCAGUGAAACAGUGUUAGCCAGCUAGCCGCUCCAGGCCGCAGUGAGGAACGGGGCCGUGCUCGUCCCCUCAGCUCACCUGCUUCCUCCCUCGCCAUGGUCAUUCUGUAUGACGUGUAUGACAUCACUGACCGUGUAUGGAGAUCGAUAACAAAGUGCUGAUGUGAACACGGA